ACGUAAAUAAGAAUUGGAAUUGAAAAUAAGGAAAAUCUUAAAUUCCCAGGUGUUUUGCUGUUUUUCGUACAUCCAAAUAGACAAUAAGAUAAAAAAAUCCAGAUGCGAAUGUAAUGCCGUCGCGAUAAGGCAAAAUAACUAACAUAAGGAACAUAAAAUUGCUAUAGACAUUGGAGGUGAAAAGAAAAAGUGAUUCAAGUCUUUGGGGAACCCGAAUUAAGAGGAAAAGCAAAAAAAGAAUGUCUUUUGUGCGUACGGGUCCGGGCUCGGGUAAUGCCUCCACCGGAAAUGCUGAAUCGGUGCAAAAAUUCGUGGAAGCCUUGCGGUCCGACUUUAAAACAUUAUCUUUGGAAACCAAAAAGAAAUAUCCCCAAAUUAAAGAGUCAUGUGAAGAGGCCAUUUCCAAGCUUUCAACCGCCGGCAGCAAUCAACAACAAUCGGUCUACUAUACAGUCAAUCAGAUUCUAUACCCUCUGGUGCAAGGAUGCGAAACGAAAGACUUGAAAAUCAUCAAAUUUUGCUUGGGUAUGAUGCAGCGUCUUAUCACACAGCAAGUGGUCGAUCAAAAGGGGGCUCGCUACAUAACCGAUGCUUUGUGGAUGUUAAUGGAACAUAACAUUGAAGAAGUCAAAGUCUUGCAAACAAUCACCUUACUGCUGACCACCAAUACCGUGGUGCAUGGCGAUACUCUGGCCAAGUCCUUGGUCUUAUGCUUUCGCCUGCACUAUACAAAAAAUUCAACAAUUGUCAAUACUGCUGGCGCCACUAUACGGCAAUUGGUAUCAUUGGUGUUUGAACGUGUAUACCUUGAAAAAGAUUCUCUUUCCAAUCUCCAACAGAAGGACUCAUCGGGUAAUGUAGUUGAGAUCGAUGCAACCGAUACCAGCAUUAGUGGUGGUGGUACCACUUUAUCAAGCGGACCCAGUGAAAUGUCAACAUUUGCUUCGGAUGCGUUCUUUUUGUUUCAGGAUCUUGUGCAUUUGGUGAAUGCCGAUCCACCUUUUUGGCUUGUCGGCAUGAAUGAGAUGACACGCACUUUUGGGCUUGAACUCUUGGAAGCAGUUUUAACCAAUUUCAGUGCCGUUUUCCAUGAGAAUCGUGAUUUUCGCUUGCUCCUCAAGGAACGUGUUUGUGCAUUGGUUAUUAAACUCUUCUCGCCUAAUGUCAAGCAUCGUUCAUUGCCCACCCAAAAUGCCAACGGAAAUACUACAACAGCCAGUGAUAAACCAUAUUUUCCCAUCAGCAUGCGAUUAUUGCGUCUGGUCGCCAUACUCAUACAAAAAUAUCACACUAUAUUAGUGACGGAAUGUGAAAUCUUUCUUUCGCUUAUAAUCAAAUUUUUAGAUCCCGACAAGCCACAUUGGCAAAGGGCUCUAGCUUUGGAGGUUAUACAUAAGUUGGCUACCAAACCGUCGCUAAUUGCAUUCUUUUGCAAGUCGUACGAUUGUAAAAAUCAUGCCACGAAUAUUGUACAAGAUAUGAUCACUGCAUUGGGUACUUAUGUUAGGUAUUCCUUAAUCAAUUCGGCUGCAUUACUGAAUGGUCAACAAAAUGGAGCGGCCCAACUUAAUACCCUGUCGGCGCACAAUUCGAAUAAUCAAUGUGGUUUUGUUUUUCGAGGUGCCUAUAUGCCGUUGGUAGCCACUUUUCCACCCGGUAUUUCCAAGGCUAUUUAUUUAGAAAUGUUGGAUAAAUUGGAAGCCCCUCAUAUACCGGAUAGCUAUGGUAUUUCGGUGGCCUAUGCUGUACUACUGGACAUCACACGUUCCAUUGGCGGUGUUAUCCAAAGAACACCCGAAUUGCAUCCCUCUUACAAUACCGUUGUCAUCACCGAGGAGGAACACAAACCGUUGUGUUUGCAGCUAAUCAAUUCCAGCUGGUCUGGCUUGCUAUCAGCUUUUGUACCUCUAGUGGAUGCUUCGAUUGAUGAGGCAACCACCGAUAACAUUCUCAAAGCUAUGCAAAAUUAUGCUGCUCUCUGCGGCAUAAUGGAUCUGUUGAAUCCUCGUGAUGCUUUUAUUAUGGCAAUUUGCCGUGCCUCUUUCCCGCCCCACUAUGCCAUGUCUAUUUUUGCCAAUAAUCCCCAUAUGGAUGUUGAUCUCAGAUGCCACACGCGCUCCAACAGCCAGGAUCUAAAUAAUCAGUUUAUGAGCUCAUGCAAUGAGUCUGGAGACUUUCGCCAACAGAUUGUUGCCGUGGGUACGCCAUUGCCCAGUGCCUCAUUGCCGCACAGUGUGAUGCAGGCACCCGUUAUGUUGACAACCAAAAAUCUACAAUGUAUGCGAGCCAUUCUUUUCUUGGCCCACAGCAAUGGCAGUAUUUUGGGUACAUCCUGGCACAUUGUGCUACAAACUCUACAGCAUUUGGUUUGGAUAUUGGGUUUGAAGCCCUCAACUGGUGGCAGUUUGCAGGCUUUUCCCAAACCAGCCGUAGAAGCCAAUGUGGGAAUACAGACUGCUGUAAUGGCUGACUUGCCAGUGUUGUCGCAAAUGUUGAGCCAACUUUUUGAAUCCAGUCAGUAUUUGGAUGAUGUUGCUCUUCAUCAUCUGAUAGAUGCGCUCUGCAAAUUAUCCCACGAAGCCAUGGAGUUGGCAUAUGCCAAUAGGGAACCUUCCUUGUUUGCUGUGGCCAAGCUUUUGGAGACUGGCCUGGUCAAUAUGCCACGCAUAGAAGUACUUUGGCGCCCAUUAACGAAUCAUUUAUUGGAAGUAUGUCAACAUCGUCAUAUUCGUAUGCGAGAAUGGGGUGUUGAAGCCAUUACUUAUUUGGUGAAAUCAGCACUUCAAUAUAAACACAGUCAGCCACUUAAAGAAAAUAUGAAUCUGCAAACUAUGCUUUUGAAUCCCUUAUCUGAGCUCUCCACAGUGCCGCAUGCCGAUGUGCGUCAACGCCAACUGGAUUGUGUUUUGCAAAUUCUAAAUGGAGCAGGCGAAAUUCUAUCGUUCGGUUGGCCAGCAAUAAUAGAGAUCAUUGGGGCCGUAAAUGAACAUCAUGGUGAACCAUUGAUACGCACAGCGUUUCAAUGUUUACAAUUGGUUAUAACCGAUUUCUUGACGGUUAUGCCUUGGCGCUGUUUGCCGCUGUGCAUUUCUACUGCUUCGAAGUUUGGUUCUCAAACCCAGGAACUAAAUAUAUCCUUGACAGCUAUAGGACUAAUGUGGAACAUUUCAGAUUUCUUUAAUCAAAAUCAAGACAAGCUGAUGUCAGCUCAGGUGGAUGAUUCAACGAUAUUACCCGAUUUCCCGGGUACUGUAAAAAUGCCACAAUUUGAUAAGCUGUGGAUGUGUUUGUACGCCAAGUUGGGUGAACUAUGUGUUGACUCUCGCCCUGCGGUACGCAAAUCAGCUGGCCAAACAUUGUUUUCCACCAUCUCCGCUCAUGGAAGUCUUUUAAAUCCUCCUACUUGGCAAGCACUAGUUUGGCAAGUAUUAUUUCCCUUAUUGGAUAACGUGCGCGCUUUGUCGAGUUCUGCAAGCAAUGAGAAGGUUGAUGCCAGUGGUAAUAUUUUGAUACAUCACUCUCGCAAUACAGCCCAAAAGCAGUGGGCCGAAACGCAAGUGCUAACGCUGUCGGGAGUGUGCAGGGUUUUCAACACAAAACGUGAUCUUAUACAAAUGUUGGGCGAUUUUGAUCGUGCUUGGUCACUGAUUUUGGAAUUCAUACAAAACGCCGCUUUAAGUAAAAAUGGUGAAGUAUCAUUGGCUGCCUUGAAAUCUCUACAAGAGAUUAUGUAUCACAAUUCCGAAUCGAAACCCACACUUAUCAAAAGCGAUUUAGCGGGAACUACAGCGACAAAUGCCACCAGCAGCGAAAAGACCAAGCUAAAGGAAGAAGAAAUAUGGAAUAUUGCCUGGAAAAUAUGGCUGAAUAUUGGUACCGAAAGCACAAAAAUGACUACAAAAUCUCAAGAAUCAGCUCAAGAUGAUUUCUAUAUACCCAGUCAGGCUUAUUUGACUGCCUUAAUACAAAUCUUUCCUGCAAUCUUUCAGCAUAUACAGAAAAGAUUUAAACCAAUUGAUUUUGAGAAGUUCUGUACAGUUUUGACUAAUGCCGUUUGCAUACCUGUGCAAACUGAAGCAGUUCCAUACAUAAUGUCCUCGGUCUCUGAUUCGCUACUAACACCAUUACACGAUAGUAUACUCGAAUGUAUGGAAUUGAUACAGAAAGAAGCUACCAAGGAAGAUUCCACAUUGAGCCAUAUGAUACCCGCUAUAUUCCGUCAGUUGUUGGUGUUCAGCAAAUUUGCAAGCACACCCCCAGCUCUUCAGGUUAGCGACCAACACAACAAGUAUUCCAAGUCAACGAAUCAUUAUGGUGGCAACAAUAGCUCUGUGGAAGUAUUAAGCAUGAAUUAUAUACCAUUUGGGGAAAAGUCCAUCAGCAUAUGUGUUAAACUUUAUCAGUGUACAGCAACGGAAGAGUCUGUUAUGCAGGAGCAUAUUUUGCAUGAAAUAAUAAAGGCUUUGCGAACACCCUUGGCCAUGAAAUAUAAAUGUUUGGCAUCCAGCACCUGGAAAUUGGCGAUCUCAAGCUUUAUAACAGUUUUGCAUACGGGUCUUAAGGUGGCCAGAGCGAAAUCGAAUUAUUUCACUGGCAUGUGGGAUGAUUUGGCAGAUACUCUAGACAAAUUUUUGUUUCCCCAAAGUGUCUGCACCAUUGAAGAUCGUGGCCUUGAAGAAAUCGUUUUGGAUGAAACCAUCGAUUGCCAAGUCAUAGAGCUGCUGCGUGACGAAGUUUUGCCUUAUGCCCAUGAAAUGCCUCAUCAGUUUAUAAUGCAAAUUGUUGUUCUACUCAACAAGGGCUCCAUACAUUCCGCUUCAGAUUCAAACAUUUGCUAUGAGUCCGAUUGGAAACUAAGGGAAAUUUUCGCCAAAACAUGUUUCGAAACGUUAUUGCAAUUUUCUUUAUUGGACGACAAUUGCAAUAACAAUCGUUCGUCAGUCUCAUCUUCAUUGUCCAACAGCGGUGCUAGUCCAUCAUCAGCAGCAGCAAAUGCAUUAAAUGCAAAUAUUGCGAAUGCCGUGGGCUCAGGCAGUGGGGGGAAAGAUUUUGCUGGUCGUUUAGCGGUAACGGCACUUCUACAUCGUUUCCAAGAGGUGCUCAAGAGGUUUAAUGAUGAUGAAAGACAAAGUGGGAAGUGUCCACUACCAAGAUUUCGUCUCUCGGAAAUUUCAUUUGUUUUGAAAGCCAUUGCCACCUUGGUAAUUUCAAUGAAAAAGGCACCCGCAUCCAAAGUGAAUAAGCCCGCCUGGGAUCAAUUAAUUGGUCUCUAUCCAUAUUUAGUGGAUUGUACAACAACAACAUCACCUGAAGUUUCACGUUCUUUAAGAGAGGCUUUAUUACAGUACACAGAUUUGUUGCAUGCGCCCAAGUGUUUUAAUGGCAGCACCUCUGACAAUACAACCCUGGCCACCAGCCAGAAUUCCAUGUCAUCGAAUGAAAUACAACAACAACAGCAGCAACAUGCCAAUGGACAGGAGUGAGUUAUCUAAAAUGGAGUGGAUGGAAAACUUAUUUGUUGUGAAAACCUUCAAAUGGGCAAAUGCCAAAAACACAUGCAACAAAAAACACGUGCGUACUUGCAUGCAUGCAUACAAACAUAUAUACUAACAACCAUACAUAAAUAUAAAGAGAGACUCGUAAUAUUUAUUCGUAUAGACAGACAUAGAGAAAUAAUCAAAUUUAAGUUUUAAACAAUAAUUUUUAUUCCAAACGAAAUAAAUUAACACUAUACAAUAAGAGUACCAUAUACACAUAUAAUAAUACUUUAAUAACAAAUAAUCAAUAGAGAAAGACAGAAAAAAGUAAUAGUACUAUUCAUGAUACAAUAUGAUAACAACAAACAACAUACUAUGUAAAUUUUAAAUUAUAUAUACACUAUACCAUAAACAGAGAGCCCCUUUAUUCAGGCGCUGUUGUUCUAUUGUCUGUUCAGCUCAGCCAAAACUAGGUAACAGAAUAAAAAAAACCCUUUUUUCAUUCGGUUGCGUUGUUGGUUUCGUCGCAUUUUCAGUUUCCCCUUGCCACUUUAAUCGGGCUUGUUAAUCUCGCAUCUUGUUUACAAGGGUAAAGAAACAGUGCCAGUUGGACGAAACCAAGAACACACCCAGUUAUCUUCAAAGUAUUGUGGAAUUCAACAUAGCCAAGUAAUCUCAGUGUAUGUUUUUAUUAAAACUUCAAAAUAAUUUCGACUACAUUGGCUCUUGAAGUUUCGAAUGUAAUUUAUAUAUGAUUAUAUUGUUAAUAUACAAAUUAUCAUACAGAUAAUAAACGUUUAGUUUUUUAGCAAAACAAAUUUUAAGCUACAGUAAAAAUAUACACUAGAGCUCUGAUUUGUCUCGUCAAUAGGGCCGCAAAUAUGUAUCUGUAUACAUUUUUUUCUUCAUAAAUUCGUCUUUAAUAAAUAGAAAGGGAACCCCCCAUCUAGCAGUCAUAGCGAAACAAA